AUGGAGUUGAAGCCCUGCAAGAUGGCAACAGCAGUUUCCCUGAUCGUCAUGCUGCUACUCCUGACAAUCGGUGGCCAGGGUGACCCAACCGGCGAUGAGUGCUCCGCCAUAAGCCGCAGCACGACGUUCCAGGGCGACUGCCACAGCAGAGACCUCUGCGUCGCGACGUGCAGAAGCGAGGGGCACGCGGCCGGCUACUGCUUCAGGGACGUCGCCGACCCGGACCACCGUGUCUGCAUGUGCACCGCGCCGUGCCCGCCGGAGCCGGUGACGACGAUGACGACGUCGCGGGGAAAUAUGGUGUAG